AUGGAAGAUCUCAAAAACAAUACAUUACAAAAAGAAUUUCACAUUUUGGCAUUUAAUUCCUUUGCUGCGUGGAAAUUUAUAAUUUUUUAUAUUGUUUUGUUGAUAUAUUUGCUCUCUGUGCUCGGAAAUAUUAUUAUUGUUAUUCUUGUCUGUAUGAUAUCAAAACUCCAAAACCCAAUGUACUUCUUCCUGUGCAACCUGUCCGUUCAAGACCUAAUGAAUGUCACUGGUUUUCAGCCCAAGUUUUUGGCCAUCACAAUAACAGGUGAUACAGCAAUUACAUUUCCACAUUGUAUCACACAAAUAUUUAUUUUCAUCAUGUGCAUUGAUACUGAAUUUUUCCUGCUGACUGCCAUGGCUUAUGAUCGAUAUGUUGCCAUUUGUUUCCCUCUGCGUUAUUCUCUUAUCAUGAAUAAAAGAAUAUGCAUAUAUUUGGCCACCAGCUGUUGGUGUACUGGUGCUUUAAAUGCAAUGAUAUAUUCAUUGUUAAUAUCUGUUUUAUCAUUUUGCAAAUCAAAAGAAAUAAAUCACCUUUUAUGUGAAGUGGAAUGCAUAUUGAAGCUUUCCUGUAAUGACACAAGAAACGUUGAAACUUUAAUAUUUGUUGAAAGUUUCCUAUUUGGAUUGUUUUCUUUUAUUCUUGUUUUGACUUCUUAUGUUUGCAUUAUAUCUACCAUUGUUAAAAUCCGUACCAACGCAGGAAGAUUGAAGGCUUUUUCCAGCUGCUCCUCUCAUCUCACUGUUGUUGUUCUUCUAUAUGGGACGAGUCUAAGUUCUUAUAUGAAAAAUGGAUCUGAAGGUUCCCAAGAACAAGACAAGCUGAUCACUAUGUUUUAUAUUAUGUUGAUUCCAGUGUUAAACCCCUUAGUCUAUAGUUUGAGAAACAAAGAUGUUUUAAAAGCUUUUACAAUUUUAACACAGAAAUUAUUUGAAUUGUAA